AUGAUCAACAAGGGUUAUGCUGAAAGGGUGCCAGAUUCUUGUAUUGAGCCCAUUGGAAGUAGGGUAUGGUACAUACCACACCACGGUGUCUUUCACCCGGAAAAGCCGGAAAAAAUAAGAGUAGUUUACGAUUGCAGCGCCGAGUACAUGGGCGAGUCCUUGAAUAAGAAUCUAUUGCAGGGUCCAGAUCUUACUAAUGCACUGGUCGGUGUUCUUUGUCGAUUCCGAAAGGAUUACAUUCCAGUCAUGUGUGACAUUGAGAAAAUGUUUUUCAAAAGAGUAUUAGGUGUUCAGUGGAGUGUAGAGUCAGAUAGUUUCCAGUUUAGAACUACUCUUUCUGAUCAGCCAUUUACUAGAAGAGGUGUGCUUUCUACGGUUAAUUCUAUAUAUGAUCCCCUUGGAUUCAUUUCUCCAGUUGUUUUAGUGGGGAAGCAAAUACUGCAACACCUCUGUGCAGAUCGUACCUAUUGGGAUGAGCCUAUACCAGAACAUUUAAGUUCAAAAUGGGAAAAACGACGGAGGACUGAUAUCUUCCAUUUAAAGGAACUGAAUAUUAGAAGGUGUUUUAAACCUUCCGGUUUUGGCAACGUUGUCUCAACCGAGCUGCAUCAUUUUUCAUAUGCUAGUCAGUCUGGCUAUGGUCAGUGCUCAUAUCUGAAGCUUGUAGACGACAAACAGCAGGUUCACUGCACCUUGGUUAUGAGUAAAUCCAGAGUUGCCCCUCUUAAGACCAUAACCAUUCCCCGCUUAGAAUUGACAGCUGCUGUUGUUUCUGUCAAAAUCAGUGACCUGAUUCAAAGGGAGUUAGAUUUCCGAGAUGUUGUUAGUUAUUACUGGACAGAUAGCAAAGUAGUUUUAGGUUAUAUAGCCAAUGAUUCUCGCCGCUUUCAAGUCUUUGUAGCGAAUAGGGUACAAAUGAUCCACGACCAUACAGAACUUUGUCAGUGGAGAUAUGUUGAUACAAAGGCAAACCCAGCUGACAGUGCAUCGCGUGGCGCUUCUGUUGAUCAGUUGUUGAAUCAGUCUGAAUGGUUUUCUGAUCCACACUUUCUGUGGCAAUUGGAGUUACCUACCUUUUCCAGCGGUGAAAUUUCGUUACAAACUGAUGACAAGGAGUUGAGAAAGGUUCAGAGUUUUAGCAUUCAAACUAGUAUGGGGUUUUCAGAUCACAAGGUUUCCGAACAUUUUGGUUAUUUUUCUAGUUGGAAUCGUUUGAAAAGAGCUGUCGCUUUCUGUUUUUUGUAUGUUAGUAAGUUAAGGAAAUCUUUAAAUGUAUUCUCAUCAAGUCAAAACAAUAAGAGUGAUGUGUGUCAAAUGGACAGUAUGUCAUUAUCUGUUAGUCAGUUAGAGAAGGCAGAACAUGCAGUUAUAAAGGUAGUGCAGUCUAAACAUUUCAGUAAAGAAAUUCAAUUAUUGAAGGGUAUUCACCGUGAAUCUGCAUCAGAUUUAUCAAACAGACAAGCAGUACAUGAAUGUAAAACAGUUCUCAGAAGCAAGUCGACUCUUUACCGUCUUGACCCAUUUUUGGGUCAGAAUGGUAUCCUUGGGGUAGGUGGUCGGUUACAACAUUCUAAGAUGCCUUUCUGUCUAAGAAAUCCGGUUAUUCUACCAAAGGAAAGUCACGUGACUAAUCUUUUAGUUAGACACUUCCAUAAUCGAGUAAACCAUCAAGGUCGCGGAAUGACCAGUAAUGAGAUUAAAGCAAAUGGGUAUUGGAUUGUGAGUAUUUGUUCAGCAGCUUACCGUUUGAUAGACCGUUGUGUUACAUGUCGUAAGUUACGUGGAUACUCACAAGUACAGAAAAUGGCAGAUUUAUCAAAGGAUAGACUAGAUUCAGUACCACCUUUCACAUAUUGCGGUGUGGACUACUUUGGACCAUGGUACAUUCGUGAAGGUCGUAAAGAUCUAAAACGUUAUGGAGUGAUUUUCACAUGUUUGUGUUGCAGAGCUGUUCACUUAGAAGUUGCUAAUUCUGUUACCACCGAUUCAUUCAUUAAUGCUUUGCGUAGGUUUAUUGCGAUAAGAGGUCCUAUUAGAGAACUUAGGUCAGAUCGUGGUUCUAACUUUGUUGGAGCAGAACGUGUGUUAAAGGAGUCAUUAGCAGAAAUGGACGUCAGUAAGGUUGAAAGAUUUCUCCUGUCUGAAGGUUGUGAUUACAUUGAGUUCAAAAUGAAUGUCCCCCAUGCAAGUCACAUGGGUGGUGUGUGGGAGAGGCAGAUUCGUUCUGUCCGAAAUGUUCUUGCAUUUUUGCUGUAUCAACAUGGUCAACAGCUUGAUGACGAAAGUCUUCGUACCUUCAUGUGUGAAGUGAGUUCUAUCAUUAAUAGUCGUCCUCUGUCAGCUCAAAAUUUAAAUGAUGCCAAAUCUGUUGAACCCUUAACGCCAAACCACUUACUUAUGAUGAAAUCUAAACUUGUCUUACCUCCACCUGGUUAUUUUCAAAAAGGCGAUCUGUAUUGUAGAAGACGUUGGGGACGUAUUCAAUACUUAGCGAAUGAGUUUUGGUCUCGGUGGCGAAAAGAAUAUGUUCAAAAUUUGCAAGUAAGGCAAAAGUGGAUUCGUCCAGUUUCUAACUGCUGUAUUGGAGAUAUUGUACUGAUUGUUGAUGAAUGUUUGCCAAGAAAUCAGUGGCGAAUGGGUAGGAUAACUGAGGUUACUAUAUGUACUGAUGAUGACGGACUUGUAAGGAAGGUUAAAUUACUGAUUGGUACUAAAGUUUUAGACAGUAAGGGUUGCAGAAAGGAAUCAGUUACCUAUCUUGAAAGGUCAAUUCACAAACUUGUAUUGCUGUAUAAUCCGGAGUAA